AUGGUGAUCUAUAGUGUUUAUGUAGUAAGCAAAUCUGGAGGGCUAAUUUAUAACUAUGAUCACAACAUUCCUCGGAUAGAGACUGAAAAAACAUUUGGAUUCCCUCUUGAUAUUAAGCUACAGUAUGAAAAUAAAAAGGUUGUUGUUGUGUUUGGCCAACGAGAUGGUAUAACCGUGGGGCAUGUUUUACUAUCAGUAAAUGGUUCUCCAGUAACUGGAAGAAAUACAGAAGAUGGAAAAGAUGUAUUUGAAGUAAUUGAAGCUAAAGAAAACUAUCCUCUCAGUUUAAAGUUUGGUCGUAUGAGAGCUACAACAAAUGAGAAAAUAGUGUUGGCAAGUAUGUUCUAUCCACUUUUUGCCCUUGCUAGUCAGCUGAGUCCAGUGCCAAAGAGUUCAGGAAUAGAGACCCUCACAGCUGACACAUUCAAGCUUUCCUGCUUUCAGACUUUAACUGGUGUUAAGUUCAUUUUAGUGACCGAUCAGAACAUGCAAGGCACUGAAGUUGUACUAAAAAGAAUCUAUGAAUUGUACUCAGACUAUGCUCUUAAGAAUCCCUUCUACUCUUUAGAGAUGCCGAUCAGGUGUGAACUAUUUGACACAUCUCUGCACACUUUGCUGGAGCUGGUGGAAAAAUCAGGCACUGCAAAUUUAUAG